UCAAAACGUAUGCAAAUCUGCCGAGGCUCGUCUUGCUAUUUCGUUGAAGCAUCAAUAUGGUACACUGAACGUCCAAGUCAAUGAUUACUCCGAGGAGUUAUUUGUUCUAUGAUGUCAUGUGGAAGCAAUUUCAUUAGAAUUGUGACCACAGUGAGACAUCCACGGGCGAGACAUCCGCUCAUUCCGAAAAUGAAUAACAAAAGAUUCCGCUCAAUGGCCCAUUGCAUUUAUUCUCGAAGCCACCCCAUUCUAUUCAAUCCACUAUCCACCAGGUCCACAUGUCCACAUCCAAUGUUUCGGUCUUUGGGCUAUAAAAACUCGGCUAAUGCUAAGUUUUUCUCUCAUCGAAAGCAUCUCUAUCAUCCACCUUGAACUCACAUUCGUCUCAAAUUAUUCUAUAGCAUGUUCUCAAAGAAGAAACUGUCCAGCGCAGAGAAAAUUCGCCAUCGCGUGCCAACCCCGCACACCUCCCGCAUCUCCAAAUCUACUACUCAGACAUCUGGACUCAACGUCUCGCGCAUCACAGACCUUUCGACCAACCCCACCAACGACUUAUCUCAUCCUUCUGCUAUCUCUUUGACCACUCAACACUCUUCUCGGUCCAAGCGCUCUUCAGGCAUGCGCAAGAAAAAUAAAAAGCGACGCUCUCAGAAGCCUCUUGCAAACCUCGAUAGUUCAAACCAAAGGGAACCGUGGCUUGACCUUUCCUUCUUGAACCGUCAUUGUACGCAAGAAGACUAUCUCUGCAAUUACUGGCGCUACACGGUAGCCGACGAGCAAGGCAUGUGCCUCGAAUAUUUCUUGAAUGCGAUCGAUGCGCACGAGUGCGAACUGUGGCAAGGAUUUUCCGAUGACUACGUGCCUUCCUGGGCGAAAUUCCUGGAAGUUCGUCAAGGCUGGGAAGGCAACGAUGAACGGAAGUGGCAGUCGGGCGGCUGGAUUCGCGGGAAGAAUGGAAUAGAAUGGCGCCCAGGACAUGUUAUGUUGAGGGUACCUAACAACGAUUGGAUAGGCGGCAGUCAUGAAGACUUGGACGAUUACUCCAAUGCGAGCUCAAGGAACUGGAUGGAUGAUGAAGUUGUCGUUACUGGUGAGGACCAUGAAGAUUACGGAGUCGGUGGCGAGAUAUCCCCGGAGCGAGGAAGGGAGUCAUAUCAUGAGCAAGAUUCCAAGCCACUUUCAGAAGUCAAGAGGACCUUCGAGUCUAGCCUCAUCGUCCCCCAUGUCACUUCAGCAUGCUUCAUUUUGGAUAUCCCGCCAGCCCACACCAUCAUCCCAAAUGACGCUUGUGUUAUCCCACCCGCUCCCGCUUCUCAUAUCCCACCAGAUAGCCCACCAUCUCUUUCGAAACAUGACUCGCGUACUAUGAAGGCAUUCAGAGUAUCGCAUGCUCCUCUCGUAACACCCCACCGCGCUCGCCAGUUCUCCCAUCGCCCUCGGCGUGUCUUCACACCUGCCCCUACCCCAAUUUCCAGCGAGUGUGCUGAUGAUGAUGUCACUGGGAAUCAUGGGGCAAUUGAGAAAUUGCUUGAAUUUCUCAAGAUGAAUACAGAGCAAAAAGUAGCCGAGAUUCAUCAGUUGGUCAGAUCUAUGAGGCGAGGAACACAGUCGUAGCUGGACUCGAUUGAUAUCAACUCUCCCAUUUACUUGCUUCGUAUUGACCGUUACCAGACUAUGUACUAACAACUUUGAAACGACAUUUUGGUUUAUUUAUUGACGA